AUGGAGAAGGGUAUAAAGAAAGAUAUGGAUCUAUUCUACGACCUAAGAAUGACAAGCUCUCCUUUAGGAGCAACUAUGGAUCAAUUCAGAGAAGAUCAAGACUCAAAUAAGAAGGAAUUUGUCUUUCUUGCCUACAACGACCACGCACUUCGUUUCAAAAACACAAAAGGAAACGAAAGACUGUACGUAGACAAAAGUUUUUAUUCACAUGGGGCUCAUGAAAAGGGAAUCUUGGGAUGGAAAAAUGAUGGUAAUAAUCAAAGGAAGGGUAUAAUAAUCCAGCACUCUUUGCCAAAAUGGCCAGUCCAAACAUCUCAUGGAGGAACAUUUUAUCCUCCAUAUUCAACCUAUACCAAAGAUUUGGAGAAAGUUUAUAGCCCUGCUUCAUCUAACAUUCCAGAAUCGGCAGACCGAAGGCUAUCCCCUUACUUUGGUUGGAAUUCAUUCUUUGGACCGAAUCUCAUGUCUUAUGUGCCUCGAGAAAAGAAAGGUAAUGAAAAAUCAGAUGUAUGUCAUCAAUAUAUUUCAUGA